AUGUCUAAUAACAAAAGCAAAUCCAACAAGCUGCAACCUCAGCAGCAACAGCAACAACAACAAAAACCCACAGCAUCAGCAUCAUCAACACCAAAAACACCAGUGCAAUCCACAACAGCUCCUAUAUUCACACCAGCUACCAACUCCACCACCCCCUUGAAUCUCGUCACUUAUUUCGGCAGAGUUUACACCUUGUACGACGCCCUUUUGCUAGUAGAAGCAUGCAGACUCAAUAUUUUACCCACCAUAGAUCGAAGAUUAACCACUUAUGAACGAGUUAAAUUUAUAAAACCAAAUUGCAUCUUUGUGUGGAACGAAACACGAAGUGGGAUGAAGCGAUGGACCGAUGGUAAAUUAUGGUCAGCUUCUAAAGUAUUGUUUGGAAAUUUCCUACAAUAUCGAGAAAUUAACCGAGUUACGAAAAAACCAGAAUUCUAUGGUUUGGUCAAGCAAUCUUUUAGUUUGACUACCAAUGAUGGUCAACGAUACCAUUUGAUUUCGUAUUAUCAGUUGAAUAAACCAAAUGACCCAAAGUUUCAUCUUCAACAACAACAACUCAAGCAAUUGUAUGCUAAUGGCACCACCAACGCGACAACAACAGCACCAACAACAGCAACAGCAACAGCAACAGCAACCGUUGCUCGCUCGAGUUCAUCAUUAUCAUCAUCGUCUACGGCAUCAUCACCAUCAUCACCAUCAUCACCGUCGUCUUCUUCACUUCCAUCAGCCAACAUAUCCUCUGUGUCUACUCCAGGUCAUGACAACAUCGACUGGAAUAGGACAUUGAAGAAACGCAAACUAGGAGAUCACUCACAUAGUGAUUCUCAAGAGUUGCAACCACAACAACAACUACAACAACAACUACAUCAACAGCUGCAACCACAGCUGCAACUACAACACCACCGGCAACAGCCAGAUGAAGAUUACGAGGAUGGUUACAUUGUGUGCAUACCUUCUCACGAUCCAAAGUUGAAAAAAUUGACUCUUUCAAGAGAUAUUUAUCCUACACACAUCUUGUUUGCCGCACCUGGAACAAGAGAAGUAGCAGAAACUCGCCAAGCUGGCACUACCUAUCCCAAUUUUAAGCCAACCACUGCAACGCUGUCGAUAGAUACAAGAGAACCAAGAGUUGAUCCCACCUCAUCAUCAUCACCAUCAUCCUCUUUGAAUAGUGUGGAGAGCCAGUUGAAGAAAAAUCCAUAUUCACAGCAACAGACGCAAGCAGUUUCCACAUACACCAACCUUCAAGAUUCCUUACAGCAAAAGUAUAGUCCACCGUCAGCACAACACUCAACCACAACCGCACUUACUGCACCACAAUUGUAUCCUGCACUCUCGUUGAUGUCCCAUUCAUCAAAUCUUCAACACUCACCAACACAGCCACCAACACAGCCACCAACACAGCCACCGAUUACUGCAUCAUUAUCAUCAACAUCGCAGCCACUCUUAUCAGUUACGGCAAGUGGUGACAACAUCAGCACCAACAAUAACAUUGCGCAUUCCAAAUUGAACAAUUUUGAGUAUAUUCGCAGUUGUGAUUUGAAAGUUGUUGAUAUUUUGAAUAAGGGGUUUUUGAAGUAA